UUUUUCCAUAGCAUAUUUGAUAAGUUUCUCCAGAUGGUAAAAGAGUUACAUAAUCAGCAGGGAAAUCUUGAAAAAUACAUAAAGCUGGUCAAGGAAUUGGCCCCAACAAUCUCGGAACUCAUGGAAGAUGAAAAAGAACGAAAUAAUGUUAUGCAAAAGUUUAUGAAGUACAUUGGCAUUGGCUUGGUUCCUAUUGAGAUAUCCAACUGUUUAACAGAUGGACUCAUUGCUAUCUGUGGCCAUUUGAUCUAUUACUAUGACACAUUGAUUGAACCUGGUUCGAAGAAGGUUACUUUGGAAAACUGGAAACAGACUGCUCUACAGACUUUGGAGGAUAAAGUUCUUAGCUAUGGCACAUUCCAGAGAAUGGUUGAUGUCUUUAAAGAUUUGAGAUUUAAGAAUGCUCUGGAUUUUCUUCAAUCACACUUCGUUGGGGCUUUUGACUACUGUGUACAACUUGUGGAUCCUGAACAUCUGAGAAUGGCCAGAUUUAGAUUCUUAGCUGCUCAGGGUGGUUUACAACCUGAUCAAACUGAAAGUGCAACAAAAUUCAGAAUGUCAUCACCUUUAAUAGAUGUCUUCAUCUGGCGAAUGGUCAUUCCAUGGACAUAUCCCAUCCCCACUAAAAAAAAAAAAGUCAUGUAA